UUUUUUCUCCCUUUUUUUUUGUUUCUCUCUCCUCUUUUUUUUGCUUUCUCUCUCCUAAAUUUUCUCGACGUUUUUUUACUGGGUUUUCUGUUAAUCGAAUGUAAACACUUGGGUUCGGAAAAUUUGAUUAAUUUUCGGUAAUCUAUAUAAUCAGUGAGACGGUCAUUGAGACGGUCAUGUAACUUGUUCCUGAAGUGACUGUUGUCGUAUGAGUGUAUAAACCUGUGGCGCAUAGCAGAUGGGUGGAUGCAACGGCUGUGGAGAAGUGGGGAAAAUGGUGCAAAGGAAUGAUUCAUUUAGCUCUUACCAGUUUGGCCUUAUGCUUUCCCCUGUUAUCUCAGUUUGGGGUUGUAUUGUUCGUAAGAUAAGGUAUCAUUAUAGUCCUGAGUGGGUGUAGGCAUUUGUUUCAGAAAAUCAUUAUAGUUCAACAGUUGAUAGGAAAAUAAAUAAAAGGAGGAGAAAAAAAAAGAGGGAUAAAAAAGCAGUUCUCCUGAAUUGUUGAAUUACAAAAAGAGAUAGUUAGACGGUAAAUGUAUACUUCGUAAAAUAGUUUAUAAUUUCAGGAAAUAAAAUCUUACUAACAUACUCUAGUCAAGAGAUUAUUGGGGUUAAAAGAGGCCGAAGAUGGAGUCAGCAAAACCCCCCAUUGUGAAGAAGGCAAAGAAGAAACAGGUCAAAGAUGAGUUGGAUCGUAUUAAGCAGGCUGAGAAAAAAAGGAGGAGGUUGGAGAAAGCCUUGGCUACUUCUGCAGCCAUUCGUUCUGAACUGGAGAAGAAGAAACAGCUAAAGAAAGAGGAGCAACAAAGGCUCGAUGAAGAGGGUGCUGCAAUUGCUGAAGCAGUUGCUCUCCAUGUUUUGCUAGGAGAAGACUCCGAUGACACGCCUACAAUUGUUUUGGAGAAAGAGGAUGACUUUGGCGGUUGGCACCAUGCUGCGAAUAUUGGAAUUUUUAUGAACAAAUCUGCCCUUUCACAACAAAACCUGAAGCAGUGCUCCUUUGAGAGUGUUGGCUGGUUUCCAGGAACUUAUGGACAAGAAUGCGAAUGGAAUCACUUUGGAGAUAUCAGUCAGCCAUUUUCGUCGUUUCCUCUCGAGAAAAACUUUCACUUGCCAUAUCUUGAGGAUGGACCUUGGAGCCAUGAUGAUAUCUCCGCAGGCCUCAUCGCAGCACAGGCUGUCUCAUCACUCCAGAUUGAAGAAGAUGUGCACGCAGACAGAAUUUUCUUCAAUCGUUAUUAAGAUGGCUAUAAGUAAGGGCUAAGUAUGACGAGCAGUAUGUCAAAGGCAGAACAGCACUGAAUCAUCUAUGAAUGUAUAUAUUGCUCUGAUAUGCCUCCUUUUUUCCCCUUAGUUCCUGGGAUGAUGGUAACAUUGUUGUUGGCUAACAUUGUGUGAUUGUGAUUCCUUUAUGCUGUCUAAGUUCUUAGUGUUCCAUAUAGGAUGAAUUGAGUUGUGUUUUGUUACGUCUGGGGGUUGCUGAUAAACUGGUUUAUCUUUGUUGAUUA